CCAGACAUGUCAGAAAUUCUAGUGGCACUAACAACUCCUGAAACAUAGAUAACGAACUCUGAUCAACCGAACGUUCGAAGGAAUCCGACUACAACGUCCAAUACAUCCGAUUCGACCGUUACGACGAAUUCAUCCGAAUUGAACACCCGUCGUUAUCCCCAUCGAGACAACGAAAACCUCGUGAAAGGUCUAAGACUGCUUGGUUCGUCCGAAGAGUGCACUGACAUGCUGGAGGCAGGGGUUCUGUCACAUGGAAGAGACAUUGUUGAUAUCUACAGCAACAGUUGGGGACCAUUCGAUGAAGGAUUCAGAGUCGAGGGGCCAAGGACUAUGACACAACGUGCCCUACAGGAUGGAAUAAGCAUGGGACGAGAUGGAAAGGGAUCCAUUUACGUGUGGGCAAGUGGUAAUGGAGGAAAUGAAGGUGAUGACUGUGCAGCCGAUGGAUAUGUAUCCAGUAUUUACACCAUUGCUGUUGGGUCCAUUGGAGUCGAUGGAAGCCGAAGUCUAAGAAAAUGAUGAAGAGUGCUCUGCAAAAAUGGUUGCUGCUUAUGUGACAGACACGUACAGGAAUCCUGCUGUUGUAAGUGUGAUUUGCCUCUACAGUAAAACAUGGUUGUCACAUAAAACUUUGAAGAGAACUGUGGACACUGGUGGCAAUAGAUGUCGACUUGACUUUGGUGGAACUAGUUCUGCUACUCCGAUGGUGUCAGGAGCUAUAGCACUAGCGCUAGAGGCAAAUCCUAGUUUGACAUGGAGAGAUGUCCAGUAUCUGAUAGUGUACACGGCUAAUCCUCGUAAGACUCCUGCUCCUCGGACUCUGAAUAGAACUGGGCUGACAGUGAGUCGUCAGUAUGGGUUUGGAGUCUUGGACAUUGAGGCCCUAGUUACCAGAGCUAGACACUGGAUCAAUGUCCCUCCUCAGAUAGAAGAUAAAAUUACUGACAUUGCUCAGCAACAAAUUUUGGAUAAUAUAUCAUACUCGGGAACUGUGACCUACAAUGGACCAAUCCAGUACUUAGAGCACGUAGUGGUUCGUAUUUCUGUGGCUGUUUUGGAGGAUUUCAAGAGAGGUGAUUUACAGAUUGAGCUUACAUCACCAUCUGGGACACUUUCAAUUCUCCUUAUGCCCCGCCCUAAUGAUGCCCUACCUAGUCAGUCAGGCUACUCUGACUGGCCUUUCAUGUCAGUUAUGUUCUGGGGAGAAAAUCCAACUGGACAGUGGACACUCAACAUAAAAACAGGCGACGUCAGUAGUGGUGCUAAUGUUACUAACGUAGUGUUUCAGUUCUAUGGAGUGUUUCAAGUGCCAGAGGCAGUGGCAAAUAUUCCUGACCAGUGUCAUUCUGACUGCAGAAGAGGGUGUGCUAGAGAGGGCUCCAACUUCUGUGACUCAUGUGUCAACCUCCGCAAUGCAUACACUCUGGAGUGCAUUAAUGAGUGUCCUCCAGGGUAUACUGAACGUAAUCGCUAUUGCUACGAUGCAAGUCUACCACUGAAAGAAUGCAAUUCUCCCCUAAAGAGCAAAGAAGGUACUAGAUUCACUCCAGGGUAUGAACCCAUUGGCUGCCAAGAAGGAGGAAUUGACACGUGCUGUGCUGAUACCGAUAAAGACUGCAACCUCUUUUAUCCUGAUCAUCAGUGUUUUUGUGACGAUGUAUGCCACAAUUUUGACGAUUGCUGUGGGGAUGUGGAUCAAAUUGGGUGCACAGAACAAAAUGUUACACACUUUCCUUACAUUGAGCUUGGAGUGACCCCAGGAAUUGAAACACAACAUGCUGUGGAAAAGCCAAUGGAUGUUGACUUUCCCUAUUAUUUAUCCUUGGAAGAGACUGUUUCUGUUGGACCUGAUGGCUACUUCAACUUUGGAACUGAUUUAAGUAGUUUAGUAGGUCCCUUCUCGAGCACUGGUUCUAUUCCAGGGUCUGCUUCCUAUGAAGUUCACAGAGGAGCUCUCUCUCAAAAUGUCCUCUCUCAAGCAAGUUCCAUAGUCAAUGCUAAUGAAGCCACAAACUUUUAUGCCAAGUGGGUUCUUCUUGCCACAUGGGAGACAUAUGCGGAAAAUAACAAAACUAACACCUUCCAAGGAAUGCUGGCUACAGAUUUCAUCAGCUCCUACACUGUCUUCACGUACAAUUGCAGAGAUAUGAGUUUCUCCCCACCAAUUGGGACAUCAAUUAUUGGAUUUUAUCACAAUGACUUUCCUUCACUAGAAAUCAACCACGGAGCCACAAGAAGAGAGAAACCACAUUUGAUUGCCUGUAUCAAUCAACCCAGCAGUCCGUGGGUGAAUGUGGUAUACGGACUCUCUGCAGACGAUAGCCUAGUUGAUGAGUGUGAGAUGGAUAAUGGAGGCUGUGAGCAGAUCUGUACAGAUACUUUCCUCUCUUUCGGCUGUAGCUGUACAUAUGGAUAUGUCUUGAAUAGCGAUGGAGUCUCUUGCUCAGAAGAACCAGUUGAGCUGGAGUUCACAGGGGACACUCCAAUGGUGACAGGCAGCAACAUUUCAGUCAUGAUACACGUGUCACCAGCCAGGCCCUUGCGGUGUCAACUCAUCACUCGUGGUGCUUCAGGAAUGCCAAUCCGUACAGCUGAAGACAAAUGCUCGAGUGGUGAAGUUGUGUUCCAGAAUGUUCCAGCUGGCGAACACCGAGUUAGAGUCAUAGCUGGAAAUGGAGAUGCAGUUAUCCGCAGUUUUAUAGUCCUAAUGCCCGACAGCCCACAUUUCUGCUCACUGAAUGCAAUCAACCGAGGAAUCACCAAGCAUCACUACAACGGAACAGUCUCCAGCUACACUAUCGAAUGGCGAGCAAUUGGAGACAGUGUCGGAUUUCUCUGUGACUUUGGCAUCCCAGAAUAUGCAGAAAAAUGCAGCAGUCCAUACACGUUCUCAGCUGAGGAUGGGGUGACGAGGGUGAAAGUCCUUCCAGAUCCCGAGAAAUGUAGAGGAAUGCGAAGCCCCUUUGUGUUCAGACUGGACUGAUUAAAAAUUAAUAUGAUUGACCUUUCGGUAAAAUUAUCAACUUUUGUAUUUUUUUAGUAUGUUAGCUAAUUUGGGUUUCUUCCCACUGUAAUAAUUGCAAGCAAGUAGUUGCAUUAAUUUGGAAUGCAGCCCAUAACUGUGUGUCUUAUUCUACUAUAA